AUGCCUCCUUCUCAACCUCAAGAAAAGCCACGUCGACUUCUGGACUAUCGCUCUUGGCUCUGUAUGCAGCCGGCUAGCUGGGCUAAACCUCAGCCCUCAAAAUUUCUACCGCGAAAACCGAAGCGAGUAAGGACCGGUUUUACCACGUCGCAACUGAAUGAGCUGGAGACAGAAUACGCAAAAUACCGCUUCCUCAGCCAACCUCGACGAAUGCAGCUGGCAAACAGACUACAGCUCAAGGAACAUACAAUAAAGAUAUGGUUCCAAAACCGGCGCAUGAAAGAAAAAAGGGAGCUUGCGGAGGCUCAAGAAUCCUUUGGAGAUGUUUAUGAAGCAGUGCCGCAGCCGAUGCUUUACUACACGAACGUGGCGCAAACAUAUCCAGUUGAAAAUGUACCGUCUGUUCAAAAUUGCACAUCGGAAGAUUAUGAUUAUUCCCAUUACAUGCAUGGGAACAAUGAGCUCUUUGUUUCCCCAAGCAAUGUGCAGGAAUCGCCUGAACCACAUGUUCUGCCUCAUACUCAAACGGAAAUUACUUCAUUGGGGUCUACUAAAGAAGAAAUUAUUCAGAACCUGUUCCUCAUUGAACAGCAGUACAUGGCAAGGCACACAGUUCCGAGUCCAACUGAAGAUGAACAUUCCUCACCUUAUUUCAAUCCGGAGCGAUCAUGUAUGUAUGGGGAUACGACUCCAUUUGCCAGUAUCCCUGAACAACAUGACCAUUCUAAAUGCAUAGCUUAUCCCGAUUCAGAAGAAAAUCUGUCUAUAGAAGAACAGCUAAUUCCGCUACUAGAUUCUCAAGAAGUUACUACAUUGGGGUAUACUAAAGAAGAAAUCAUUCGGAACUUAUUUCUCCUUGAACAGCAGUACAAGACAAGGCAAACAGGUCUAGCUGCACCAACGGAUAAUGUGCCGUCCCCACAACAUUUCAUUUCGGACCCAUCGCGUGUAUAUGAGGAUAAGGUUCAUUUAGAAACGGAAGGACGACCGCCUGCAGCAGUACAGCCGACUGAACAUAUUCCUGGAGACCUCAUCGACGUGCCGUGUUCAACGUAUUUUGAAGAUGUGGAUAUCAAUAAUUAUUUUUAA